UACACAGCAGAUUUUCUGAUUUUCAGAUUUUCCGUGCAAGUUUCUAUGUAAUUUCUAUUUGUAUGUACCUAAUCGUGUAUUUUCUCCUGUCAUUGAAGUGAUAACUCGCAGAAUAGAAUUUCUACCCUCGUUUUACUGUUUGCUGUUUGCAGCAUGUGGAUGAUCUUGCUCACAGCACAUGCACAUGAAAAAAUUCAGCAUGAAUAUCGUUUCUUGUAACAAAAAGUUGUCGAAAAUACUAUGAAAUGUACGUUCUAAUGAAAAGAGCGACUCAACAUCGUGCGAUUUACUGUUACGGGAUUCUAAGUCUUUGGAUUUUUUUAAUGAUUGCAGGGACCUACAAGUUUGCAAACUUUGAUAAUGUGAUGUCAACUUGGCUUCGCAAACCCCAAACUCUGCCCGCUGCCCAAGCUCAAAAGAGACUUCGCGAUUUGAAAAGACGAAAUUUGCUGAAAUCAUGCAACUUACUGGAGGACUUAACUCUCGGAAGCGAAGGUGAGUCCGAUGAGAACUAUAAUUUAGAGGGUGUCAUACUCUUAUUACGGCAUGGAGAUCGAGGCCCUCUCUCACAUCUGCGCAACAUCUCCAGCGUUGAUUGUGGCAUCAAGACAGAAGAGUCCAGUAAGGAGUUUGAGCUUUACCGCCAGAUAGUGUCCAAUAUAUCGUACAAGUUGCCUCAAAGUUCAAUGCUCUCCUUCUUUCUGAGCCAUAUCCAAAACUCCCCCCAGUCACCGUUACUUCCCUCAAGUCCAGAGUGUGAACUGGGGCAGCUCACUCCAUCAGGUAUCGUGCAACUGAUGAAACUCGGACAACUGCUCCGCUCACGCUAUGCAAGUCGUCUUGCACUCGCCGAUAAAAAUGUGACCAGUGAAGACAUUGCGGUCUAUAGUACAGCCUACAAGCGAACUAUUCAGAGCGUUUUAGCCUUUUUAACCACAUUUCUAAAUGUAGAUGAUUUUUUCAAAGUAGUCCAUUUGAGAGAGAGCAAAAGUUUGUUGUUCUGUUUUAAUGACUGUGCUUGUCACGCUUCGGAAGUAUAUCAAAAACGUUACCGUGCAGAAGUCUCAAAGUUUUACAAGAACCACCCGAGCGUUAUAAAAUUAGUCCGCAAAUUGUCAAAUAUUGUAUUUGAAGUACCUGACUCAAUGCAAAAUUCAGAUCCAUAUGUGCUGAAAGAUGGCCUGCUUACAUUUCUGUGUCACGAGGCGAAUCUGCCAUCUUACAAUCUACGGAAUGUGCGGAAGGAGCAAGUGACAACAGUUUUCAAUUACAUCAACCAAGAAACAAGGGUUGCGGUUCAGAGUCAGGCAUUGAAAAUGUCUUUCCUCCUCCGCAGCUAUGGAUUUUUAAAAGAUAUUGUCUCUCAGAUGCUGCGAAUCAUCUCUGAAAAGAAACCCAGAAUGAUUAUUUAUUCUGGGCACGACAAGACUAUUAAGUACAUCUCGGCUGCAUUCGGUAUUCUCAAUCAGUUCACAGCUCUUCCACCGUAUGCUUCUAGGUUUAUGAUCGAGGUCUAUAGUUUUGAUGAAAAAACUGAGACAGAUAUUUUCUCAGUCAGGAAGAAAUAUUUUUUCCGACUUCUCUUCAAUGGCCAAGAUUUCACGGAUCAGGUAACGUUUUGCAAGACAAAUUUCCAGAAAGAUGGUGCAAACAAUAGCAAUUUUGUUGUUUGUCCAAUCGAAUCAAUUAUCAGGUACUUGCACGAUGAUUAUUUUAUGAUAUUCAAUGCUACUAAUUACAAAGAUGCCUGUGCCGUACCUACGUGAAAAUAGUUUCCAAGACAAAUAAUACAACUGUGUCUAGCAAGAGCCACAACUUUGUCAAACAUUUUUACAUAUUUUUGGGUGCUAUAUUCAAUUGCAACGUAACUUUUUGUAGUUUUCAUGAUGGACAGAGCGUAGCAAGUGUCAAGAAAAAAUUCAUGGAUAAUUUCUUGAAACGCGAAUCUAAAUUGAUGUCAAAAGAGUUCAAGCCGAUUUUAUUGUCUAAAAUUUUCCCAGAAUAUUCUUCAGAGUUGGCAAAUCUAUGGCCAAAGCACAGAACCGUAUGUCACCAUUGCGAUGUUUCAAAAUUUCCACUCCUCUGUAAUUCUUGCGAAGAGUAUAUAAGCCAAUUUAAUAGCUUGAGAUUUGUACAGAAUAUUCUGCUUACAAAAAAAAAAGUCUAGAAAGUUUUCAAAAAAUACGUUGACUAGAAUUCCAAAGAUGAAGUUAAGUAUGACAGGAAGUCUGCAAUUUUGGAACAGAGAUACGUGGUUUUGCACUUAAGCCAUCUUGUCAAAAAAUAUACCAUAGAAAGAAGUCAGCGAUGACAACAAUCUAGUUACGUGGUUUCUCAGCGCAGGCAUUGGAACCCUUGAAAAAUCGAAGUUCAAAAAUUCUUUGGCUGUCUUGUAAUCACCCAUCUCUUGAUCUUUAAAAAAAAUUGAGUAAUAUAAUCACUGGUCUUGCUAAGCACAGUAGAAGAUAUAAUACCUCUUGGAGAUGUUCUUUCACAAAGGAAAAUAAGUGACAGACGCGGAAUCUUUCAAAGAUAAUCAAGACUUUUAACAAUCAGACACUCAAAUGACCUUUCAAACGUCUCUUUGAAGUCUGCAUUUGAAAAUAUCAAGAUCUGAAAAGCUCAUUUUGCAAGAUUUAUAAUCUUGCUCUCAAAUUAUUUUAGAAAAUUAAGGAAAUGAAGAAUUUCAAAACAGUUUUAGAGCUCCAACAAAAGCAAGAUUCCAUCGUAACUCUUUUGUACAAAUUGGUCUAAGAUGUUGAAAAUGCAGGAUUCUUUUUCUUAAAGUCCGUCAAAUAUAAUUAAAAGAAUACCAAGCACUUGGACUCUGUUUAUCAGUGUUGCAGCGCAACACAAACUCCUGCUGUUUUGAAAUAUAUGUAUGUAUCGGAAACCGGACGUUUUAUACCAGUUGAUUCAAUUUGUGCUUUCUCUUUUUGUUAGAAAAAAAAAAAAUAGUUCUCAAGUGUUUGAGCUUAUUUUAUAGCCCAAGAAAACGUUUCCAAUUCUUCAUUUCAUUUAACGAGACUUGUACAAUUUUUAGUUCUAAGUUUAAGGAUUUGUGGGCUGUGAUAUUAUUACCAAAUGAUACUCGUCAAAUUUUUAUUUUACGAGGGGGACUUUCUAAGUGUAGAAUAAGUUUUAGGAUAGAACUGUGCUCGAAAAUUUUUCAUUUAACUCCAUGAAAUGCAUGCAGACUGCUGCAUAGUUUCCUCAAGCCAGGGAUUUCUUUAUCAAUUACUGAAGUUCUAUGUUUAAAGCGCAGUCAUAUUCAUUGGUUUUUCUUUAUUUUUAUUUUGUCUUUGCGUUUUAGAAACUAAGUAGAAAACGCAAAUUCCUAUCAAAAACCUUUUGAUGACAGAUGUAAAGAGCUUUUAAAAUAUUUUUAACAAUCUUUUUGCAAAUCUUCCCUGAAAUUUGCGUGUCACUUAUUCAAGUGAACUUGUCAUGCUGAAUCGAAAAAUAUUAGACAAACCCUGGUGAAAAUGAUUGUUACAAUUUAGACUCUAAUGUAUUCAUAGUGACGGUCAUUCUCUUGCAUUUUUUGUAAUGUGAGCAUGAAGGAUUUAUUUCGAAUUCGUAUUAGCUUAUGAAGACAUGUACUAGAUCAAUGAUAGUUGACUUUUAGAUGGGUAGAGAACAGCAUCACAUGUUGGGUUUUCACACCUAACAAAAUUGACGACAAAAUGUCCUCCAGGCUUGCAAGCUUAAAUCUCCCACCUCCUAAUUGUGAGUCAUAAUAUUUACGCCGCUCCAUACCAUUAAAUAUCUUAAAGAAGUAAACCCAAUGAAAAUCCCUAAGGGGAACAAAUUAACUUGCUUGAGGUUAACUGGAGUGCAACAUAUCUUACCGAUCAGGUUAAAAAUAUCAGCAAAUUUUGGCUUUUUAGCCAAUUAGAGAACGAGAGCUCCCACGCAUGAACCUGAAGUAUCAUUCUCAAAAGCGGGAUUCCUCUCGGGAAAAUAUUUUCAUUCGAUAUAGUAAUCAACCUUUGUAUUGAAUGCAAAGUUUUUUUCAAGGAGGAAUCCUGCUCUCAUCUCUCUAAAUUAAUAAGCCAUUUCUUGGUUGAGAAUGAUUCUUUAAGUUCAUGUGCAGGAGAUAUCACAGGGCCUAAAAGAGGAAAUUCGCUGAGAUUUUUUACUUAAUCGAUGUCAUACAUAGUACGCUAGUUCAACCACACCAAGAAUCUGACAAUUUACUUUUAACCCCUUGAAAAAUUAAGAUUUUUAGGUUCGUGUUUCCUCAGGUAAGCUCCAGGGUUAUUCAUAAAUCUUGCACCACUGGAGGGGGGUGGCCAUUUGAAAUUUUCGAGUUGCACCCCGCCCCCCUCUCCCUGAGGGGGUCAAAAACUGGAAAGUACCUAAAAAAAUCCCCUCUCAAUAUGAGGAAAAACGUCACAAACGGCAAAUCUAUAUCCUAAUUAGAACUAAAGUUAUGGCCAGUGGUGCGUGACUUUUGAAUAACCCUGUAUUUUCUUAAGAGUUUUCGAGGCCCAUCCUCUUGGAACAUGGGUUCACCCCUAUUGAAAAAAAAAUCACAUUAUGAAGGAAUACCUAUUGCUAAUUAUGACAGCUUUUUUGUAAAAAUUUUGUCAAAUGAUCAAUUUAUCAUUUCAAUGUUAAAUUAGAAUUUUUCCUUUUUAUUUUUGACUGCUCAGUUAGUAGAUAGUUCCUCCUUAUGUAAAUUUUAUCUUAUAGGCUCGCUUGAAUGUGAAAUGAAGACAAAUUAUUUUUAUUUGUGUAAACAAGAAUUGUCUGUUGAUGUAUUUGUAUAUUUUCCCUGUUGCAUCGAUGUUCCUUCUAGUUUAAAUAAAUCUUCUUGGUUUUCAUA